AUGGAAAGCGACUCGAGAUCAGAAAAACAACAUAUCAUUCCUAUAGCAGAUCGAAGAGUAUCCCCGGCUGACUCGGACCAAUCAAAUAAUUUUCAUUUGGAACUACUAUCUCACUCGUCAGACGAUUUGUUGAACACUUGUCGUAUCUGCAGAGAUGAAACUGUUCGUGGAUUGCUCGUCAGUCCUUGUCUCUGCUCAGGAACCUUAGGGAAGUGUCAUGUUCAGUGCCUGGAGGAAUGGCUUUCAAAGGCCAACAAAGACUCCUGUGAAAUUUGUGGCCAUGAGUUCCACGUUAGGAAACUCCCGAGGUCAUUUCAGGAGUGGUUCACGAAAGGCCAAAGCCGCCGCGAGCGCCGUUAUCUCUGCGGAGACCUGAUUUGCUUUCUAAUCCUCAGCCCUCUGGUGUUUGCCAGCUCAUAUCUCUGUGCGCAAGGGGCAUGGCACUACAUGGCACUGACCGACACGUGGACUGGUGCGGGUUUGAUCGUGCUCAGUCUGUUUCUUUGGUGCAUCUAUGGAUUUUGGUUAAUUGUAACGCUGAGGUUCCAUCAAAGAUGCUGGCAAGAUUGGAGAGAGCGUAACUAUAGAGUGAAACUUGUGAAAAUUGAAAUAGUUGACGUGAAGGAAAGAAGAAAAGACGAGGGUCUCUUGGAAACUUCUGUUUGA